CCUCUCACAAAAAAGCUAUAAAUAUAACCCUCCCUCUAAUCUUUGAUGCAUCGCUCUAAUAUCGGUUUAUAGUUCCUAAUUCUUGAUCUCAGCACAUCUUUGAUAGCAUUUUUUAUCCUCUCAAGAUGCAGAUAUUCGUGAAAACUUUGACUGGCAAAACCAUCACCCUUGAGGUUGAAUCCUCCGACACCAUUGAUAACGUGAAAGCAAAGAUUCAAGACAAGGAGGGUAUCCCACCUGACCAGCAGAGACUUAUCUUUGCGGGUAAGCAACUCGAGGAUGGUCGCACUCUUGCGGAUUACAACAUCCAAAAGGAAUCCACUCUCCACCUCGUGCUUCGCCUCAGGGGUGGCAUGCAAAUCUUCGUCAAGACUUUGACUGGGAAAACCAUUACCCUUGAGGUCGAGAGUUCAGACACCAUUGAUAAUGUAAAGGCCAAGAUCCAAGACAAAGAGGGCAUCCCUCCAGACCAGCAGAGGCUGAUUUUCGCUGGGAAACAACUCGAGGAUGGAAGAACCCUUGCUGAUUACAAUAUUCAGAAGGAGUCCACCCUCCAUUUGGUGCUUCGUUUGAGAGGCGGCAUGCAAAUCUUUGUCAAGACUUUGACUGGGAAGACCAUAACCUUAGAGGUGGAGAGUUCAGAUACCAUUGAUAAUGUGAAAGCCAAGAUUCAGGAUAAGGAGGGUAUACCCCCAGACCAGCAGAGGCUUAUCUUUGCCGGGAAACAGCUUGAAGAUGGAAGAACCCUUGCGGAUUACAACAUCCAGAAAGAAUCUACCCUGCACUUGGUUUUGAGGCUUCGUGGGGGAAUGCAAAUUUUUGUAAAGACGUUGACAGGAAAGACCAUUACUUUGGAGGUUGAAAGCUCUGAUACCAUUGAUAAUGUAAAGGCAAAGAUUCAGGACAAAGAGGGGAUUCCACCAGACCAGCAAAGGCUUAUCUUUGCUGGGAAGCAGCUAGAAGAUGGGCGAACCCUUGCUGAUUAUAACAUCCAGAAGGAAUCUACUCUGCACUUGGUGUUGAGGCUUCGUGGUGGAAUGCAGAUAUUUGUGAAGACUCUGACAGGAAAGACCAUUACCUUGGAGGUGGAGAGUUCAGAUACCAUUGAUAAUGUGAAAGCAAAGAUUCAGGAUAAGGAGGGGAUUCCACCAGACCAGCAAAGGCUUAUCUUUGCUGGGAAGCAGCUAGAAGAUGGGCGAACCCUUGCUGAUUAUAACAUCCAGAAGGAAUCUACUCUGCACUUGGUGUUGAGGCUUCGUGGUGGAAUGCAGAUAUUUGUGAAGACUCUGACAGGAAAGACCAUUACCUUGGAGGUGGAGAGCUCUGAUACAAUUGAUAAUGUGAAAGCAAAGAUUCAAGACAAGGAGGGCAUUCCACCAGAUCAGCAGAGGCUUAUUUUUGCUGGGAAACAAUUGGAAGAUGGUCGCACCUUGGCAGACUACAACAUUCAGAAGGAAUCCACCCUCCACCUUGUUCUUCGCCUUCGCGGUGGCUUCUAAAUGCAAAUCUUCGUGAAAACUUUGACCGGAAAAACUAUCACCCUCGAGGUGGAAUCCUCCGAUACCAUUGAUAAUGUGAAGGCUAAGAUCCAGGACAAAGAAGGUAUCCCUCCGGAUCAGCAGAGGCUGAUUUUCGCUGGUAAACAACUUGAGGACGGAAGAACCCUUGCUGAUUACAACAUUCAAAAGGAGUCCACUCUCCACUUGGUUCUUCGUUUGAGGGGUGGCAUGCAAAUCUUUGUCAAGACUUUGACCGGGAAAACUAUUACCUUGGAGGUGGAGAGUUCAGAUACCAUUGAUAAUGUCAAAGCCAAGAUUCAGGAUAAGGAGGGUAUUCCCCCAGAUCAGCAGAGGCUUAUCUUUGCUGGGAAACAGCUUGAAGAUGGAAGAACCCUUGCAGAUUAUAAUAUCCAGAAGGAGUCUACUUUGCACUUGGUUUUGAGGCUUCGAGGUGGCAUGCAAAUUUUUGUCAAGACUCUGACGGGAAAAACCAUUACCUUGGAGGUUGAAAGUUCUGAUACCAUUGAUAAUGUAAAGGCUAAGAUACAGGACAAAGAGGGGAUUCCACCAGACCAGCAAAGGCUUAUCUUUGCUGGGAAGCAGCUAGAAGAUGGGCGUACCCUUGCUGAUUAUAACAUCCAGAAGGAAUCCACUCUUCAUUUGGUGCUAAGGCUUCGUGGUGGAAUGCAGAUUUUUGUGAAGACUUUAACUGGGAAAACCAUAACUUUGGAGGUUGAAAGCUCUGACACUAUUGACAAUGUAAAGGCAAAGAUUCAGGACAAGGAAGGCAUCCCACCGGACCAGCAGAGACUUAUCUUUGCUGGGAAGCAGUUGGAAGAUGGGCGUACCCUUGCAGAUUAUAACAUCCAGAAAGAAUCCACUCUGCACUUGGUGUUGAGGCUUCGUGGUGGAAUGCAGAUAUUUGUGAAGACUCUGACAGGGAAAACCAUUACCUUGGAGGUGGAGAGCUCGGAUACAAUCGAUAAUGUGAAGGCAAAGAUUCAGGACAAGGAGGGAAUCCCACCAGAUCAGCAGAGGCUUAUUUUUGCUGGGAAGCAAUUGGAGGAUGGUCGUACCUUGGCAGACUACAAUAUUCAGAAGGAAUCUACCCUGCAUCUUGUCCUUCGCCUUCGCGGUGGUUUCUAAGCUGAGACUCAUGUCUAUUAUGUCCAGUGUCAAUUGAAAUCGUGUGUUGCAGUUCCUGGUUGGGUGUUUUUCUUAUGUUCUAAGACUGGUAUAUGUGUGUGUCAUCGCUAUUGUUUGUUAACUACUACGACAUAGUUUUUUAUAUAUAUGUAUAUGUUGGUAAUAUAUUUUUUUU